UUUGAGCUGCAUGUCCCAACCUCACUACGAGUACCCGUCGCGCACCACGUGGCUAGGUUACCAGGCAACGAAACCGGAGCACGUGCUUACUACGACGACCAAUAAGAUGCAGGACAGCAACCACGUGACUUCUUAUCCCGACUGGAGGCAGAACUCGGGCGAUUCCUACUUUCCGCAGUGUCAGUUUAGCUGCCAGUUCAAGGAUAUUGAUACCAAACACGAUCUUACCUCCGCCGUCGCCCCACUUUCCCCUCAACCCUCCCUUCCAGACCAAAAACCCCAAAUAGGGAGCAGUACCACGGAUAAUGGUACAAUGGUGACGGACACAGCAAAGUUACAAGAAUACCUUAUCCACACCAGCAAUACAGUAGCAACGAAUGGUAUUCAGCCAUUGUCACCUACUUCCACGUCAGAUCACGUAACCAGUUGUGGCUCUCCUAUUUCUGAUACGAAGGACCAGUUGAUGUUAAGAACACUCCGGUCCCCUCCUCGUGACAUGAUGUGCUCCUCUCCUCCCUCCAACAGCCGGUGCACGGCCGCCCCCGCCUCAUCAACCGUCAGCCCUCACAGCCCCGUCUCCAGCAGCGAUAUCGCCGGGAUCGGAAAAACGAAGAAGAAGAGAAAACCUCGAACUUGUUUUAGCGUUGGUCAGAUGCUGGUAUUAGAAAAUACGUUCCAGCAAACCAAAUACGUCUCAAUAACGGACCGGGGCAAGCUAGCCGGCUCUUUAGGACUUACUGACAGUCAAAUAAAGGUCUGGUUCCAAAACCGAAGAAGCAAAUGGAGAAAGACCAUGGAUUCUAAGGAUCAUCAUGGAAACUUGCGACACAUGAGUUCAUGUACUGAUCAGCAGCUCCCUCCUUCACAACAAUACUUCUGGCCUAACGCUCAACAUCACCAUCAGAUUUUACAGGAGUACCACGUUCCGACCACGACGAAUCCGGAGCACCUGUACAAUGGGUACAGCUACCGACACAUGGUAGGAUGAGUAUCACGCGUAUCUCAUAGCAACACACGCGCAGAUUACGCUUUGCACGUGCUGGCGCAGCUGAUCUCUGAUCGUAAGAAGAAUUAGAAGUUAGAAGAAAGGGAGGUGUGUGUGUGUGAAACUGAACGACAAUACAGUAAACUUGAACUUUAGACAUGGACCUUUGUAUUGAGAGGUGGAAGUAGAUGAUAGCUUAAUUUUGAUUAUAUAUUUCAAAUGAAGUCGAAGUUGAUAAAUUGUGUGUUGGAUGAAAUAUACUCUUGGCAGGUGGAUUAUUAUUUAAAAUAUUUUCUCGGCUCUUAGACUGAUCAAGACACUCGGUGAAAUAAUUUCGAGCCGUAAAUAAAGACUAUACGGGACUAAGUUAUUUAUUUUUGUAGAAAAUUGGCUUUCAAGGCAGCUAAAAGAUUGAUCUAUUGUAUUGAUCUGUAGUGAGAGCUGCCGAAUAGAAAUCAUCAUCAUCAUCACUAUGAAGUUAGGGUAAUUAAUUUAACCGUAAUUCGUUCAUUUGACCUACAUUUAUGCUUUAGUGAAUUCGCCUUUUGUAUUAUAGCACUAUUUUCUGUGAUUCAAUACACUCAGAUCAAAUAAAUUUCUCGUAUUUAGAUAACUCAUAUCGCAAAACAUUUAUUUAUUUUCUUGACCAAAGUUUGGUUAAUUAUGUAAGGUUGGCAUACGAGCCAUUUACGAAUUUAACAGAUUUGAGUGUAAUUGAUUGAACUGUGUAAACUGACUAACUGACUUAGUUUUUUUGAAUGAGUUUUACGUUAAUAACUGAUAUUAAUUUACGAUAGAUGUAACCACUAUUUAAUUGAUAUAUACAUAAUAAUGACUUGUGAUUA